CCUCAGUGAUGGUAAUAUUUUCUUUUCAUCUGUGCUUGUGGACAAAUGAUUGAAAAGGGCGGGUAAAUGUAUCAGAGACAAAUUACGUCAUUUUUCUCGAGUGCUCCUGAGAAGUCAGAGGUGCCUAGUAACAAUGAUUCGUCUAGUAACGAUGAUUGCAAAGAAGAUGGAUCAGAGGCAGACAGAAAUGUAUCAUCAUUUAAAGUAACUUCCUCAUUCAAGAAGAAGAAGAAGAGGCGCAGAAUUCUGAGUGAUAGUGAAGAAGAAUUAGAUGCUUCAUCCAGUUCAUCGCUGCCAGAGAAGAAAAAGACGUCUUCCUCUCCUGUUCCUGAGAGGAAUAGUAUUAGAACCCAUGGUGAUGCUUCAGAAGGAAUUCCAUCCAGAAAAACUGCUUCUGCACCAUUUAGAGGAGUGAAACAGCUGUUGCCAGGCAUUACAAGGGAAGUUGAGGCAGCUAAAAGAUCGAAAACUAAAAAAACCAAAACAACCAUAAAUGGCAAUAAAGAAACAGAAUAUGGAGCUGUUAAAGAAGAAGAGAAACAGAGCCUGUGUGCAGAUAUUGAGGACAAAGAAAUGGAAAACUGUGAUGAAGUUGGAUCAAAAGAUAAAAAAUCCAUCAUCAAGGAAGGGGCUGGUGGAGAGGAGAACCAAGACAUGGAAGGAAGUAACGUAAAGAGGAAGAAUAAGUUGAAAAAUUCGUCUGUUGGAGGCAAUAGCAUACAGCAAUCAUCAUCAAAGAAACCAAUUCACAGUUUUUUUGCACCUCGCAAAAGCACAAACGCAGCAGCACAGCAAAGUAAGACAUCACCAUCAUCUAAGAGAGAAGCCAGUCUGCCCAAUAAAUCAGCAGCGGGGAAGAAGAUAACACUGAAGGACAGUUCUGAGGAUGUUGGAACUAAUUAUGACCCCACAAAAGUCAAAUAUCAUCCCAUUGAUGAUGCUUUUUGGAACAGGGGAGAUAAAGUCCCGUACCUUGCCUUGGCUAGGACCCUAGAGGAAAUUGAGGGUGUCAGUGCUCGUCUCAAGAUAAUUGAAAUUUUGGCAAACUAUUUUCGCUCAGUGAUAGUUCUCAGCCCGGAAGACUUGCUGCCCAGUGUAUACCUCUGUCUCAACAAACUGGCUCCAGCCUAUGAAGGUAUUGAACUUGGUAUAGCAGAGACAACACUGAUGAAAGCUGUUGCACAGAGUACAGGAAGAACUGUUGCCCAAAUCAAGUCUGAUACUAAUGCCACUGGAGAUUUGGGUGUUGUGGCUGAACAGAGUCGCAGUAAUCAGCGUAUGAUGUUCCAACCAGCAAAACUUACUGUUCAUAGUGUUUUCAGCAAACUGAAGGAUAUUGCACAGAUGUCAGGCCAUGCUGCAAUGAGCAAGAAAGUGGACAAGAUUCAAGCAAUGUUUGUAGCUUGUCGAUAUUCUGAGGCUCGUUUCCUCAUCCGCUCCCUUGCUGGCAAAUUGCGUAUUGGUCUUGCUGAGCAGUCUGUUCUUCAGGCUCUUGCACUUGCAUGCGCUACAACACCUCCAGGGCAGCUUUACCCCCCUGAAGUUAUCAGUGCAGCUAAAGGCAUGUCACAAGAUACAUUUAAAGCUCACGUUGAUGAAGAAGCUCUUAUACUUAAGACAACUUACUGUGAAUGUCCAAAUUACAACAUGAUAAUUCCAAUACUCUUAGAGAAAGGAAUCAGAGCCCUUCCUGAUCACUGCCACCUCACUCCUGGAAUUCCCCUGAAACCAAUGUUAGCACAUCCUACUAAAGGUGUGCAAGAUGUGCUGCAUCGAUUUGAGAAUCUCAAGUUUACCUGCGAAUGGAAAUAUGAUGGUGAACGUGCACAGAUACAUCUUGCAGAAGGUGGAACCAUCAGUAUCUACAGUCGCAAUCAAGAAGACAACACUAGCAAAUAUCCAGACAUUAUUGGACGACUUUGUAAGACAUUGGGUGAAAAUGUUACUUCAUGCAUCCUGGACUGUGAAGCUGUAGCGUGGGACAAGGAGAAGCAACAGAUCUUACCAUUCCAAGUUCUUAGCACACGUAAAAGGAAGGAUGCAAGUGAGGCAGAGAUAAAAGUACAAGUUUGUAUCUUCAUGUUUGACCUACUAUAUUUAAAUGGGAAAGCUCUUGUGCGGGAACCUCUGACCAAAAGACGUGGCCUGCUUCAUGAAAAUUUCAACGAAGUGGAAGAGGAAUUUAUGUUUGCCAAGAGUAUUGAUAUCUCAGCCAUGGAGGAAGUCCAGGACUUCCUAGAAGGAUCUGUUAAAGGGAACUGUGAGGGGCUGAUGGUGAAGACAUUGGAAGAAGAUGCAACGUAUGAAAUUGCCAAGAGGUCACGAAACUGGCUGAAGCUAAAGAAGGAUUACCUUGAAGGCAUUGGAGAUACACUAGAUGUGGUGGUACUGGGUGGCUACUUGGGUCGUGGAAAACGGGCAGGAACAUAUGGAGGUUUUCUGUUGGCUUGUUAUGAUCGAGAUAAUGAGGAGUACCAAAGUUUGUGCAGGAUUGGCACAGGAUUCAGUGAUGAGGAUCUACAGAAACAUACAGAAUUCUUCAAGGAGCAUUUGAUUACACAACCACGGCCGUACUAUCGUUACGACAGCCAGCAUGAACCAGAUCAUUGGUUUGAUGCUGUCCAGGUUUGGGAAAUAAAAUGUGCUGACUUAUCACUUUCACCUGUCCAUCGUGCUGCUAUAGGAAUUGUGGAUCCAGUGAAAGGAAUCUCAUUACGAUUUCCCCGGUUUCUCAGAAUUCGGGAUGAUAAAACUGUUGAAGAUGCUACCACAGCAUCACAGGUAGCUGAAUUAUAUGGAAGCCAGGAGCAGAUCAAGAACCAACAGGGCACUGGUAAGGUUACUGAAGAGGACUUCUAUUAGGUGAAAUGUUUCUUUUGAGUAUAUUGUUCAGCUUGUACAAGUAUCUGUAAUUAUAUUACCAUUUAUUACAACAGUUGUUUUAAGAAAUGAGAGAGAUUUUUUGUGAGGUUAUUCUAUUGUGAUAAUGGCUGAACAAUACACAGGCCUUGUGUAAUGUAAGUUUAGUCAACAGGCAAUUUCCGUGCAUUUCUCAGUACCUUCAUAUCUCUCCGAAUGUUAACUUUGCCUCCAGUUCCUUGUUAUGUAUGUUCUUUACUCAAAGGGACCAUGUUUCACACAUGUACAAAACACUGAAUAGAAGUUUGUUUUGUAUGUCUUAACUUUAGGAUUUGGAAAUUGGAUGGAGACAGUAAGUUUUAUCUAGAAUUUGUUCUUUCUCAAUUUUGAUGUAUUUAUAGUUAAUGUAUUAUCUUUAUGUUGUAACAUUACAAUUUUGUUGUGAUGCACAA